CUUGGUUGUAAACGGAAGGGAGAGCGCCUGUAAGAAGUAAGGGAGGGUUGGUCAGUAAUGUCGAGGUUGCGUUAUUCUUUUGUUGAAAAGGAAGCGGUAGGUAAAGUGCUUUCCCUCCACUGCCUCUUCCCUCACUUGUCGGAGGGACUAGAGAGCACAGGCUGAUCUUAGACACGGCAGGUUUAAUUUGAAAUGUACCAGUAGAAGAAAAAUGUGUUCUUUUAAUUGGAAUAUUCUCUCCUUUGUGAAAUUGCUUAGUCUAUGUAUAAUGCCUGAAUUUUUAUAUGCAUUGAACACAUGUCCUGAGAUCAUGCAACAGUUUUUGAAAGAUGGCUUUCACAGAGAUCUCUUAAUUAGGGUACAUUUUGGUGUAGCUGAUGAAGGCCUUGAAAGUUGCAGGCUGGCAAUUAGAGUACAUCUUCCAAGAGGAUUAUAUGUUGAUCCCUAUGAAUUGAAAUCUUUACAACAGCAUAAUAUCACUGAGGCAUUGGUGAUUGCAGAUGAAGUAGAUUUGGAAGUUCCUGAGUAUUUAGCAACUGAUUCUUCUGUCCUUGUUUACAUGAGACCUGAUCCCAAGUGCACUACCUGUUUUAAAGCAUUAUUACCACUGCACUGCCGGUAUUACCGACCCUCAGAAAGUAAUGGAAAAGUCCCUGUUGUUUUGCAGAAUCCAGAAAUAAUGAUUCAUUGCCAAAAAUCUUUUUUUUCAGUGAACUGUCUGAAAGAAACUGAAAUAGAAGCUCCAUGUCCCCAGAAUAAUCUAGAUGUAUGCUAUUGGAAGAGCAUGAAAUAUAAAAUGCUAAGUAAAGAAUUGGAACUGCAGGUACCAGUUGGACUCAAACAUCACCUUGCCUUGGUUUGUGCAAUAACACUUAUUACCACAGGAUUAUGUUCCAGUUUUAUCCUUUCAGCUUUAUGCAGAUAUGGGCCCAUUCAUUGCUCAAUGUGAUAUUAAACAAGUUAUUAUUGAAAUCAUGAAAACGCUGUCAAACUGUCCAAAUUAUAGAUAAGAAAAGAGCAAGCUUGAUCAUGUACCAAAAGCUGGGAUUGAUACUUGGCCUUUUGGGUCUCUCAACAUCUCAUUCAUCACUACUGUAAUCAAGUUUUCUCUUUGCUUUCACUUUUCUCAACUUUAUGGGCAAAGUCUGGCUUCAAUUAAUAUGACCAAAUUAUAAUUGAGCCUGGCUGAUUUGUUCUAUGAUCUAUUGCAGUGGUGGCUAAUCUUUGGCAUGGGGUGCUGAAACAGGAGCAUACGUUAGCGUGCACGCCGAAACCUGGGAGAGAGCAGCGGGGCUCGUGUGCAUUCUGGGUUCCGUUGCAUGCAUGCACGCCAGCUGGCUGGUCGAGUAUGCAUGCGCAUGCAGCUAGCUGCUCUCUUCUGGGUUGCAUCAUGUACAUGCGUGCCGGCCAGCUGGUCUUUGCACAUGCUAGCUGCACUUCCGGGUUCCAUUGCGGGCAUGCUGAAGACUAGUUUGCUGGCAUGCAACAGAACCCGGAAGAGAGUGGCUGGGAGCAAGCUUAUGCGCACAGAAGAGCUGACUGGCAUGCAUGCGUGCAAUGGAAUCUGGAAGUGCAGUUGGCGAUGAUGUGUGUACCCAGAGAGGGUUCUGCUUGCUACCUCUGGCACACAUGCCACAGGUUUGCCAUCACAGAUCUAUCGGUAUUCAUUUGUUUCCUUGGCUGUAUAGGUAGUCUUAACAACUGUGGCAAAGUCGGUCAUAAAUUGGAUUUACUCACUUAACAUGUCUCACUUAGCAACAGAAAUCUGGGGUUCAAUUGUAGUUGUAAGUCAAGUAAGUGAUUUUUGAAGAAUUUUGUUCAACACCACAUUCAGUCUUUUUAUCCUGCUUCUUAAAAGUCCAGGUUUUUUUUCUUCCAUACAGUGUUACAGGAAAUACUUCCAUAGUUGUAAUGUCUGUGUUUAUAGACAGGAAUAUCUUUUCCAAGCAUUGAAAAAAUGCUAAAUAUAAACCAUUUGCUUUGAAUUGCUGGAAAAAAAUGAGCAAUUUAAAAUGUUCUCAAUUUUUCUGUCAUGUGCCAUUGUUAUAGAAAAUAUUGAAUAUUUAUAAAUUUUUAUGCAGAAGAACAUAUGUCUUCAAAUGUUGUUGCAAAUACUUCAGUUUUCAAUCUAAAUUCAUGUAAUUUAAUUGCUUUUCACAUGUACUAGAUCUGUCUCAAAUGAGUCCCCUCUAAAACAUUACUUUUAAAAAAACCUUGUCAUGUGGUAUCUUUCAUCACUGGAUAACAAAUUGCUAGAACAUUGGGUCUUUUGUUCUUUCUACAACAUGCUAUGUGAUAACUGAGGCAAAGCUACAGCUACUGCACUACUUCAAGAUCUAUUUGAACAAUGCUCUGUAUUUGCUUGGAGUGUUUUUUGUCACUGAAUUAACUACUUAUAAGAAGUUGAGGUAUUUCAUGAAAUAUCAGCUGUAAAUCUGUUUAUAGUAUCCUUGGAUACAAAAUCUUUUAGAAUUUUAUUGGGUGAAAUUUACUGGAAAUGAAUAUAACUAUUUGCACUUACUGGAAAAUGAAUCUUCCUCUAAUUGUAAAUAUACAAUUACAAAUAAUUCUUCUGUACAUUUAGGCUGGGUUCACAGGAACUCUGUCAGUAUAUCAAUAUUGUAAGUUCUUAUGCUUCUUUUAUAGAGUUGGCUUGCACAAUAAUUAGGGAAAGGCAUAUAUGUACAACCUCAGUUUCAUAGAGAAUUCAGUUUCAGUUUUUUAUGUUUUUAUAAAUCAGCAAAAUCUAAUGAACUAUUCUUGAAAAGAACGUUUUAAGGCCGUUUUUUCUUAUAUUUGUUUUAUACUGACACAAGAACUGUUCAUUAAUCACUGCAAAACUCUUCUAUGUAGUGCAAAAGGAAAUAGCAUGAUGGCAGGUGCUACUUGGUUUAAACUCUAAAGCAGGAAGAGGCAGAAAGACCCUUAUAAUGGUUAGCAAUGUUUUAAUGUUUAAUUUCAAAAACAUUUGGAUUAUGUACAGCAUUGGGGAUGGACAUAAGUUAUUUUUAUGGUCAGUCAAAUAAAAAUUUACACUGAGGAUAAGAUUUUAGGUGACUGGUUUUUUUAACAUUUUUGUCUAGUGAAACAAAUGUUUCGCUAAACAUUUUCCUUGUUUUGGCUUGGUCUGCUGGUUAUUUCUCUUUUCAUUUGAUGAUUCAUUUUCAGGUUUUUAUCUGUGCUUUAUUAUUCAUUUCAAUUACAUACCCACUAAUAGUGAUAAGUUAGUGUACUUUUAGAAGUUAGAUUUAUACAGGUAGUCCUCAACUUACGUUUUAUUUAGUGAUUGUUCAAAGUUACAACAGUAUUGAAAAGUGACUUAUGACUUAGAACCAUUGCAAUAGUCACAUGGUCAGAAUUGGGAGGGGAGGGGCUUGGCAACAGGCAUGUAUUUAUAACAGCUGCAUGCGUGAUCAC